CCACCCAAACGCCGCGCUCCAGCGGCAGCAUCAGUAUCAGCGCCAGAACCCAAAGCCCGGCAGUCCAAACUCGCAAAAGAGCACAACAUAACCGCGGCCGAGGAGAACGAAAUCAGGGAAGCCUUCGCGUUAUUCUCGCAGAAGAAGAAGGGCGAGAAGGAGGGUGUGAUACCUAUUAGUGAUGUGCGACGCGCUAUGAUCGCUUUAGGAAUCCCGCCAACUCCAGAAGAAUUGGAAGAAUUCAUCUCCAUCCUCGAUGACGAGCAAGAAGGUUUUGCGGAAUACCCCUCCUUUGUUGCGAUCUGCGCGCUUAAGCUGCAUCACCGGGACAAGAACUCGGAUACUCAUGCGCAGGAGGUAGAGGAGGCGUUUGCGUUGUUUUCGAGGGAUGGGGAGGAGAAGAUUACGCUUGCGACGUUGAAGGAGGUGGCCAAGAUGUUGAGGGAGGAUGUAGAGGAAGAUCUACUGAGGGAUAUGAUUCUUGAGGCUAAUGGCGGGAAGGGUGUUGGGAGGGGUGUGGAGAAGGGGGGAUUUGAAGGAAUUAUGAGAAGGGCAGGGGUUUGGAGGUGA